CCCAGAGAAAGCUGAGCUUUACUGAAGGAACAACUCUUAGUGAGGGACCGUGAUACCAUCUCUGUAAGUUAUACAGGACCGCUCUAGUCGUUAACAAGAGAUUUUACACCUGAACCGGAGCUCCGGGUGAUUCGCCAAGUUAUGCGUAAUAUAGCGCACCACUCGUCGUGACGCGGCGUCACUGUAUUAGAUGUACAACUUUAUCCUUAAUAACGACAACCUUCUACACAUGAGGAUUAUUAAUACAACGAGGAUUAUGUUGGUGUUUUUAUUUGGCUUUCUUGGUUUAUCAGAUGCUGUGAUAGACUUGACCAUGAUCUCCACAGCGGAGGUCACCAACGUCAGUCACUUCUCCAUCUCCUGCAUCAAUGGAGAGCGCAGCCCUGCCCAUGUUGAGCUGGACAUCAAGAGGGACAACAAAAUCCUCGUUUUCCCCAAAAAGCCACAUUUUAGGGUGCAUAAGCCGAAGAACAGGGAGGCGGUCGCCAGAGAUUUCCGUGAGCUGGACCAUAUCGGUAUCUUCUACUGUGAAUCUACUCAGGAUGUUCCCCCUCUUGAGACCGUCACCAUGAUCAAUAACUUUGGCAGAGCUAAUUUUAUCCCAACUCACCUUACAAUGACUGCUAACAAAGGAGAGACAGUUCACCUCAGCAUGCAGCUACUCGGCUCCCAAAAGAGAGAUGUGACCUGGAAGUACAACGGAAACUACUUUUAUAUGACUCACUGGAAUGAUGUGAUUAAUCGCACAGCAGUACUCACUCUGGAGAGCACAGCUUUUGAAAAUCAAGGCAUCUACAGCGCCAGCUAUGUGGGGGACAGCCCUCUUCAGGGCGCCUGGAUGCGACUCAUUGUCAGAGACUGUACUAGUAAGAAGUGGGGUCCUUACUGUGACAAAGACUGUCCGGAGUGUCUCAACGGUGGAGUGUGUCACGAUGUUGAUGGAGACUGUAUGUGCCCGCCAGGAUUCAUGGGGACCCGCUGUGAGACAGCAUGCAGAGAAGGAAUGUUUGGCCGAAACUGCCAGGAGUCAUGUGGCGCCGAGCUGAACUGCAAGGGGCUACGGUUCUGCCUACCCGACCCUUAUGGCUGCUCCUGCGCCAGCGGCUGGUUUGAGAGCCGUUGUGAGAAAGCCUGCCUUGAUGACAUGUAUGGACCAGACUGCAGCCUGAGCUGUAAAUGCCAGAACGGAGGAGUUUGUAACCGUUUCAGUGGAUGCCACUGCCCGACAGGGUGGAGAGGACAGAACUGCGAGAAGUCUGACCGGGCUCCCCAGAUUUUGGAUUUGGAUAAUAACUUAGAGUGGAAUCUGAACUCCAGCCCAAAGAUAUUCUGUUCAGCAACAGGCAACCCCCUGCCCAGCCACGACAGCAUUGAGCUGCGAAAGUUGGACAGCACUGUGCUAAAGGCCUCGAGCACUACCAUGGACUCCAAUAAGAGUACAGCCAUGUUUGAGAUCCCUCGCCUGAGUGCUCAACAAGGAGGAUUGUGGGAAUGCAGGGUGUCCACCAAUGGGGGCCAGGACUCCAGCAAAUUCAACCUCACCAUUAAAGAGCCCCCUGUGCCCACUACUGCUCCCAAACUGUUGGAAAAAAGGAGUAAGCAGCUGCUGGUGAUGCCGGUUGAAUCCCACAGAGGAGACGGCCCCAUUGUCUCCACUAGGCUCCUCUACAAGCCUGUGGAGAACGGAGACUCUUGGUCCUCCAUCAUAGUUUAUAGUGACAAAGAGCCCAUCACGCUAAUGAACCUGGAGCCAUCAACACGCUAUCGUGUCCGCGUCCAGCUGAGUCGUCCUGGGGAAGGCGGAGAGGGGGCUCCGGGGCCAGAGGCCAUCAUGGAAACAGACUGUCCCGAGCCCACAGUUCAACCUGAGAUUGACAUCAGCUCUAUGGAAGGCCGCAAUGCCACAAUACGCUGGCGCCUGCCCCCCAACAAUGGCAUUAAUGCCGGCACAGCCAGUGGCUUUUUAGUGCAGCUCUUCGGGCCUCCACCCUACAGUGAGAAACUACUGGAGGAGACCACCCUGCUCACUGUGCUGUCCACAAAGUUCCACAACCUGCAGUACCAGCAAGACUACACCGUGGUGGUGCACCUCAUCAACUGUGGCAGCCAGGGGCCGCCCUCCAAAUCCUACCACUUCCGCAUCAACAGCCAGGGUCCCUCAUCACCACGCCAUGUCCUGGCACUCCCUCUGUCCAUAUCAGCCAUCCAGGUGAGGUGGCAGCCUCCAGAAGAUCCCAAUGGAGGCAUCAUUAAAUACAUCAUAGAAUACCAGCCAGUAGGCCAGGGGAACCCUCACCCAUGGGUGGACACAGACGAUGGAAACAAGACCGCCAAAGAUGUGACAGCUCUCAAUGGCAGCACGCUCUACCAGUUCAGAGUGAGAGCUUUCUCCAAAGUGCCGGGAGAGUGGAGCAAGAUUGUCAAGGCAAUGACACAAGGGGAUGGUAUUCAGAGUUUGAUCCCAACCACGCAGGGUGUGGCUGGGAAGCCUGUUGGGGACAGCUACCAGCUGUUGGUGGCGGUGGUAGGCUCGGUGACCGUCACCUGUGUGACAAUCCUGCUGGCGCUGUUGGCUCUUUUCUUCAUCCGCAAGACGAUGCUCAACCGCCGGCGCACGUUCACCUACCAGUCUGGAUCGGGUGAAGAGACUAUUCUACAGUUUAAUUCAGGAACUCUGACCCUGACGAGGAGGCCCAAACCGACGCCAGAGCCCCUCACCUAUCCAAUCCUGGAGUGGGAGGACAUCAAGUUUGAAGACGUCAUUGGAGAGGGAAACUUUGGCCAGGUCAUCAAAGCCAUGAUCAAGAAGGAUGGCAGCAAAAUGAGUGCAGCGAUCAAGAUGCUAAAAGCUGCGCAUGCUGAUCUGCCUGCAGAGUUCGCCUCGGAGAAUGACCACAGAGACUUUGCAGGGGAGCUGGAGGUGCUCUGUAAACUAGGCCAGCAUCCCAACAUCAUCAACCUGAUAGGAGCCUGCGAGAACAGAGGUUAUCUGUAUAUCGCCAUUGAAUAUGCUCCCUAUGGUAACCUGCUGGACUUCCUGAGGAAGAGUCGAGUGCUGGAGACGGAUCCUGCCUUUGCCAAGGAGCACGGCACUGCGUCCACCCUCACCUCCCAGCAGCUGCUGCAGUUCUCUGUAGACGUUGCAACCGGGAUGCACUACCUAAGUGACAAACAGUUCAUCCACAGGGAUCUGGCAGCCAGGAAUGUUCUUGUUGGGGACAGCCUUGUGGCGAAGAUAGCAGAUUUCGGCCUUUCCCGCGGAGAGGAAGUUUACGUUAAGAAGACAAUGGGGAGGCUGCCUGUACGCUGGAUGGCCAUUGAGUCUCUGAACUACAGCGUGUACACAACCAAGAGCGAUGUGUGGUCUUUUGGUGUACUCCUCUGGGAGAUUGUAAGCUUAGGUGGCACACCAUACUGUGGGAUGACUUGCGCUGAGCUUUAUGAAAAGCUGCCACAAGGCUUCAGGAUGGAGAAACCCAAAAACUGUGAUGAUGAGGUCUAUGAGCUGAUGAAGCAGUGCUGGAGGGAUCGGCCCUACGAGAGACCCCCCUUUGCCCAAGUGUCUGUCCAGCUCAACAGGAUGCAGGAGGCCAGGAAGGCAUAUGUGAACAUGGCUCUCUUUGAAAACUUCACCUACGCUGGGAUAGACGCCACAGCCGAGGAGGCCUGACUACCCGCCCCCCCAGGCCCUAGCAUGCCACGUAGCUCCAGGAGGAAAUCCCGAGGAUGGUCGCCGCGUUAUUGCCAUCACCCCGCCGCUCAACGUCGAGACAGGAGGCCCAAGCGCCCAAUCAAAACCACCCAGUUAUAGAAGGAGGACUGUGAAAGGACACUGUGUGGAGGUAUCAGAGGCAUUAGGAGAUGAGGAGGAGUGUUGCUGGGCCUUGGAUUGAGCGAUGUGAUUGCUACUAAACUUUCGGGAAAUUCUGACCCCCUGUUACUACAUACAAGUCCUAGAAAAAAAGGCACAACAUUGUAGCUUUUGCUGAUACAAAAGUUUCAAUGCUGGACCUUUUUCUCUGACUGUUGAGGGGAAGCAGCACAUAAGGAGCUACGUGCCUUGCUGAAACACCACAGGGUCUGUGGGGUGUUGAAACUGGACUUUAUUUUUCCUCCAUUGCUCUAAAUGGAGAAAGGAUUAGAACACAGACAUAUGCAAGUUCUCAGACUGUUAGAAAAUCAUGAAAGAUGAUGCAUUUAUUGUAGCACUUAAAAACAGCCUAAUUUUUGCCAUUUAUGUCUUUUACUGUGUGCCUAUCACUGCCAUGUGAAUGUAACCACUACUGUAUAUAGUUUGUCUAUUUUAAAGGUAAAAUAUAUGUAUCAUAGCCUUCCUAUUCGAAUGUACUCAGAGAUACAGAGUAAAUGCAAACAUUGUAGAUGUGUUGCAUUUAAAAGCUCCACAGAACAAGUAGUUGUUAUGCUACUAAUACAGGGUUUUCUUUGACCAAUAUGCAACAUAACUAAUGUAAUGUUAUAUAUCCAAAUCAUGAAAAAUGUACAGUUUGUUUUCAUUAACUGGUCCCUUAAAUAAAGGUUUUGCGUGGUGACUGGACUCAUCACUACUAAUAGUUGUA